AGUGCACUUGCCAACAAGGGCAGAAAGUAUUGGAAAUAGAAGGUAAAUAUCUUAUACGUAGUUUUCACUAUAACAGAGACCCCGUGGGCGGCAGAGAGUGCCCUUGGCUGUCCUGCUGAUCAGACCUCGGCUGGACAGACAGAAAAACUUUGUAGAUAAGGAACAGUAAACUCAACUGAAGACCAAAAGCAAGAGUCCAGACUCCUUCAAAGCUUGGCCUGCCCAGAACCACCUUUUCCCUGCUGGGGCAGAGACGAGUGACAGCCGACCCCGGCAGGUUUGCACACCUGUCCCAGUCACAGAUGCACAGGUGCCUUAUGCACCUGACACCGAACACAGCUCGGUAUUGCACGCCGGGAGGAGGGGGCAGGUGUGGGGAUCGCGUGCGGGGCCCGCGGCUGCCGUGUCCUGUGCCCAAGCGCGGUUGGUGAGGCGCAGAAAGGAGCAAACCCCUCCCUGGGCAGCCCGGGAGCCGCGCCGGAGCCGCCCCGGGGCGGGACCGCUCCGCGGGCUGCGGGCACGCAGAUGAAAUCUGGCCUGGCGGGAGGCGCUGUUCGCCGGUAGGUGAGGGGCCCUCGGUCAGGAAGACAAGCCCAAGCCAACAGAAAACCCGAAGAAAAGCCAGGAGGAGAAGAUGGAGGAAGCAGAAGAGGAUGACAUGACAUGUGGAGACUUGGGAAACGGACUGGGGAGAAGACCAGGAGGUGUUUAUGAAGGGGGAAACUUACAAAGUUCCCAUUCAGUUAGAUCUAGGAAGGGCUCUGGAAGGACUUGUAAUUCCCCCUUGUCGGCAAAGGGAGCAGAACAAAGCGAUGCUGCGGCUCUUCCUGCUCCAAAACGAAACGGCUUUCACGAUGGAUCCCUCAAAAAACCUGCCUCCAGUUCCACACGGCAGAGUAGCUGUGAAUCCAAUACUGAAGUGUCAAAUGAAGAACUGAAGCAACAGCUUCAGGAAGCUCUGGAGGAACUUGAAGUUCUGAAAGUUGAGCUUGAGGCAUCUCAAAGACAGCUGGAGGGAAAAGAUGAAGCCCUAAGAAUCCUGCAGAGCAUGGCAGUAUUUGAUAAAGCCACGAGCCACACAAAGGCAAUGCUUCAGAAAAGUGAGGAAGAAAAGAGGACUCUAGAGAAGGAAAUAAAUAUUUUGCAGUGGGAAAUUGAAUUUGAUCAGGACAGAUUUAAAAACCUAGAGGACACCUGGACAGAAAAAUAUGACAGGAUAUACUGUGAAAAUGCAGCUCUUAAGGAAGCAUUGAAACUGAGGACAGAAGAAGUUAAAACACUUAAAGCCGAAAAUGCAAUCCUGAACCAGCAGUGCUUGGAAUUCCUUGCAAUGCUAGAUGUGAAACAACAGAAGGUUUUUCAGGAGAACAUGUUGAACAAAAGUGACAUCACUGAUUUUACAGGUCUUGAGCUGGCGGUGCUCGGAGCCUGCGCCUGCAGCCCUGCUGAGGGGCAGCCCUGUCCCUGCGCCAGAGUGGCAGCUCUCACUCGGAAGCAGCUCCUGCAUCUCAAGCAAGAGAUGGAAAACCUGAAGAAGGGCAAGGACGAAGCGUACAUCACGGCAGAUGCCUUCAGAAUCGCGUUUGAGCAGCAGCUGAUGCAGAGGCAGGAGCAGGCCCUGAGGCUGGCAGAAGUGAUGGGCGUGAGGAAGGAAAGCAGAUUCGGCAGCUGGAGCCGGCGGCGGGGCGCUGGUAGUGGGGCAGGCUGCUGUGGGGCUGGCUGCAGAGCUGGGGCUCCUCUCCCGUGCCAGCUGCACAGGGGGAGAGCUGGCGUCUGCCCGGGUCGUCUGCUACCACCAAUUGUUCUGUUACUUGGGGUUUUUUUUGGUUUUUUAAAAUUUUUUUUCAAAUUAGUUCCACAGGAGAGCUGGGGAAGGGGAAGAAAGGCAAAAAGAAAAAGGAUAUUUGGAGCUUUUUUUAGCUCCCAAUGGGGUAUUGAGCGACGUGUGUGAAACAAGAUGAGCUUCAAGGUCUCUCCUAACCCAGGCCACUCCAUAAUUCACUGCAGUACUAAACAGGUUUUUUUCCUGUUCUUCCUUAAACGCUUUUUUCCUUUUAUUUCGCACGUGUGUCAGUAUUAGUGUUCUUACACUAAUACAGAGUUUCAAAGCCCUCUGUAAAAGAGGAAGAAUUCCAAUCUGUAAAAUAGGAAUAAUUCCAGUAAUGUUUCAUUCUUUGAAAAAAAAACAAAA